AUGAGUACUAAUCCAUGUUUAUCAAAUGCUAAUGGAUCGACUUGUUCCGACACAUUACAUGAUAUUGAAGUAGCCGGUUAUCGUUAUGUUAUGUCAACAAUAUGUAUAUUUGGUGUUGUAUGUAAUAUACUUAAUUUAUGCGUUCUUCUUCAACGUCGUCUUAAAGAGUCACCGUAUACUUAUUUAACCGGUUUAGCUCUAGCUGAUAUGCUUACACUUAUUUCAAUGUCUCCAGUAUCUAUUGUACGUGGUGAUUAUAUUCGACAUGAAAAUAUUUUCUUUACUUUAACACGUCUCCAAAUUUAUAUCUAUAUGCCAUUAGCAAAUUAUUUUGGACAAGUAAGUAUAAUGAUAACAGUUGCAUUAACAGUUGAACGUUAUUUAUUUACAACAUAUCCAUUACGUACACAAAGUUUUUGUAAACCAACUUAUGCUCGUCGAGUUGUUGCUAUUAUAUUAUUACUUUGUGCUAUUUUAAAUAUUCCAAGAUUUUUAAGUGUAGCAAUUGAUAAACGUAUGGGAUAUCAAUAUAUGUUUAAUUCUUCAUCAUGUAUGACACAUCCAUUUAUAAUUAAAUAUUCAUCAACAAAUAGUGCACAUAUUGGUCAAUGUUUUUGUGUUGUUAAUAAGAAAAAAGCAGGUUUUUCAACAUUUGAAAAUUAUUAUUAUUAUACAAUGUUACUUAUCAAUCAAAUAUUACCAUUUGCUAUAUUACUUUGUUUAAAUUUAAGUUUAAUAAGACGUGUACAAAUGUCAAAUCGUUAUACAUUAGCAGAAUUAAUAGCACGACAACAUACCAAUAUCGGUUCCGCAACACCAGUAAAUACAAAAAAACAAAAACGUUUACGUGAUGAACAACGUUUAACAAAAACACUUGUUGCUGUUGUUAUUGUUUUUCUUAUAUGCAAUACAUUUACAAUAAUAUCCUAUCCUGGUCUUGUUGGAUUUAUAACAAGCAAGAAAUAUCCAAAUUACAUUAAUGCUGGGUUUCGUAUACAAAAAUUAAUAACCAAUAUUAUGCUAUUAUUAAAUUAUUCGAUAAAUUUUUUUUUCUAUUGUGCAUUUAAUCAAAAAUUUUUGAAUACAUUAAAAGAAACAUUUCGAUAUCAAAAUUUAUUUUGUGGUUUAAAAUCAUCUGAACAUCGAACUUUAUCAACAACUUCAUCAAUAAAUAUAAAUUCAAAAAUUUUUACAACGAAUAAAUAUAUAUCACGAUACCAUGAAAGUCCACAAGAAACUAAUAGACCACGAAGACAAUAUUCGAAGAAAGAAGAUUUUUAA